UCGGUCUACAUAUUCACAUAUUCCUACUGUCCGUAUUUAAGGUCACGAACCUACAGCCAAUCUUCACUUCUUCAAACUUAACUUACAAAGCAAGAUGUCGAUUUCAACCAUGCGUGUUACUUUGAACAAUGGCAAGACGAUGCCGCUUUUUGGACUUGGGACUUGGCAGAGUUCGUCGGAAGAAGUUAAGACUGCCGUUCGGACAGCUCUGGACGCUGGGUACCGUCUCAUUGAUACGGCAUACAACUAUCUGAACGAGGAAGCAAUAGGCGAGGCCCUAGACGAGUACUUCAAGGCCGGCAAACUGAAGAGGGAAGACAUUUUCGUCUGUACGAAGCUUGCCACUAUUUACACGAGGCCUGGCGAUGUCGCGUUAUCUAUGUCGCAGAGUCUAAAGAAACUGAAGCUCACCUAUGUUGAUCUGUUCCUGAUACAUAGCCCUAUGACAUGUCGGGUUCCUGAGGAUCCCAAUAAUGUGUUUCCAGUAAAAGAUGGAAAACUUGAUGCUGAAGAGAGAGUGGACUUUGAAGGUGUCUGGAAAGAAAUGGAAAAACUCGUCGACCAGGGAAAAACCAAAAGUAUUGGCAUAUCAAACUUCAACGCCGCACAGUUAGAGAGGGUCAGGAAAGUCGCGCGUGUUAUGCCAGUAACGAAUCAGGUGGAGUGCCACGCCUACUUUCAACAGACAAAACUUGAGGAAUACAUGAAGAAAUAUAACAUGCAAAUAAUGGCUUACAGUCCUAUUGGAUCUCCCGGAGGACAAACUUCACGAUUCGUUACCGAUAAGUCUGACACCCAAGUGUUGUUGAACGAUCCUGUGAUUGGGAAACUUGCCACGAAGUACAAUAAAACCCCAGCUCAGAUCCUUCUCCGGAAUUUACUCCAAAGGAAUAUUAUAGUGAUCCCAAAGAGCGUUACACCAAGUAGGAUUCAACAAAACGGAAAUGUCUUCGACUUUAAAUUGUCGCCUGAGGACAUGACGACUAUUGCAGGAAUCGACAAAGCAGUUCGAAUGUUUAAGGCGGAAAUAACGGCACAUCUCUACGACUAUCCAUUCAAUGCUGAUGUUUAGAGACUGCGUUCACACUUUAAAUACGGAUCAGAGCACAUUAAUUAGAUAAGGAAAUUCGUCAGUUAAACACGAUUUUGAUGUACUGUCUUGUAUAAAAGUAUAUUGUAUAAAGAAAGUCUAAUAAUAAAACAGGCGUGAUAAGUAAAGGUCGAAUUUCGUUAUGAAUAUUUCUUUUACAAUGUAUCUACUCUAUAGGUAGUGUGACACCUGGAAUGUUUUAGUGAUACACAUGUACCUAUAAGGAGAUACAGUAUUCCAUGUUACGAUGGGAUCUGGACAGAAAAAAAUUGGCGUGUACUCGCUUAUCUCCCUAGAGCGCUGACGAAAGAAUACUAUAUACAGCACAAUUGGUAUAAGAGUAUUAUUUACUAUAUUACUACCUUAAUAUUUCGCUGGAUUCAGGUGAAGCAAGCAACCAAGAUAAUCCUUACUUACAUAGCUGUUGUGUAUGUAGGUUGUAUGGGUGUUACGAGAUCACAUAAUUGUACAGUCUAGGGGAGAUAAUCCAACUCUAUUCUAUAUGCGAGCUAUUCCCCUUUGUUGUAAUUCUUUUCGUUUGUGAGAUACAUUUUGAUUAUUCUUUAUAAAGACUUGGAACAGAAAA